AUGGACACCCUACUGGCCAGAAUCCGGCGCAUACGACGGCUCAACGAACUCUCAGAUACGUUUUUGUUGCACCUGCUAGCCAACACCGACUAUGUGCCAGACCGAGUUGCAGCCGGCGUUAUUUGUAAGUAGCAAUGCACUUUUAGACGUGUUUUAGAUGUUAAGGUUCGCAUAUUUUAGCAUGCCACUUGAGUUUUAUACCCAGUUGUUAUUGUAGGUUAUGUCUGACUAAAAGUGCAUAAAAUAGACCUAAAGCUUUUUCAUUUCUCAACAAGUUUUAUUAAAGUUUAAUGCCCUUUGGACGAACUAAUUACAUAGCUAUCGCGUUCCGUGCUUACGCACACGGCUAGAAUUACGCCGAAAUGUCCCGUAAACAUAAUGCAAAAUUUGGCUCAAAUUGUAAAUGACAAAAGGAUGCGGGAUUAGAGAGCAGAAUAAACCUUAAACCACCCACAAUAAACAAAGCCCGUUAUCGAUAGUGGUCGUAGGCUAUCUAUCGCCGCCUCCCGACCAAUUUGACUACACAAAAGGACUUUGCAUUUUAAAAUGGGCUCCUCGUGUGCCGCGGCGGUGUUCAUUCCAGAUUCCUACCAAAGCUCAAUUUUUGUCAUCCGUUCGCCCUGUGGCCAUAAUUGGCCCGGACAACGUAUUUGGCCGCUUCUCCGGGUUCUUUUUUCGAAUUUUUUGACCUCUCUAUCCAUGAGCAUAUUUCCGGUAGUGCCGCAGGGCCCCGAACACCAAUUUCCCACAAACCUGGCUCCUGUUUUGGGAAAGCCUUUCAUUUAUUGACUUUGUGGCCAGCCAUUUAACGCGCUUUAAUUAAAACAAUUCCCCCUUUCAUAACACACCGAAUACAAAUAACCUGUUUGUGUUGCAGUGUUCCAGCAAGGCGAGGUCGUGUCCUACUGGUAUCUGCUCCUCUCCGGCGAGGUCGAAUUGUAUCUUCCUUCAGACCGCGAGGUGAGUCUCCUAAUUCGACCUCAUGCUUCUGACUAAUACCCCUUGAUUAACGUUCGUUUUAGACCGGAUUUCUGGGCCAACAUCUCACGUUAUUGACAGCCGGGGCAUUGUUCGGAGAGCUCAACCUUUACCAGCACUGUUGUUCAGCACGAGUGCACAAGAGCGCAGAGUUUGUGCGGCUCAAUCAAACACAGUUCCUAUCACUUUACAGCGUCAGUUUCGAUUAUAUGUUAGUCAACAUGUAGUUUGAAAAACUUAUGACUAAAGUUUGCAUUUUUUGUCAUAUCUACUGUUUCAACUAAUUUUUUACAAUUUAGAAGCACGCCGACCAUCUUCAGCCUUACAUCACAGUAAUGGAAGAUAUACCUUCCACACCUCAAGGUAAGUGCUUUAAUCAUUAUCAAAUUUUAACUUAAAAAAUGUUUUAUCAUCAUUUCUUCUAGAACCCAUAGAUCCAGAAGUACCAGAACCAACACCGUUCCAUUUAUUACCCAAACCAAACAAGAAAAGUCCCGAAACCAAUGGUACCAGUCACCCCAACUACGCCUUGACUUCGGUACAAAGACCAGCCAACGAUGUAUACGACUUUGGCGCCAUGACUUCUGAGCUCCUUCCAGACCUCGUGGCCAAAGAAGUGCCAUUUAAGAGUAAUGGUGUUAAUAGUGCGAACCCGCUGGAGGCAACCGGCUGGGAACCGCCAGUUAAUUUGUUCGAGCUGAGUAGCUCGUUGACGUUGGAUGCGAGGAUAAUGGAGGCCGGGCAGCUAAUCAAACGGGUCAUGUACUAUAGAGCACCAAACCUAAUACGGGAGCGGCAAAUGAGACGCGGGGUAGGGCUAGGUUGAGUAAAUGUAUGCAUGACAUUACAGGACAAAACAGAGAUAUUUCACAAUGCUAUGUCAGGCGCCGAAAUUACCUCCUGGCUGUAUUCCUUGUGGCAACAGUGUACGGUAAACCCGGCCAAGCAACCUACGCGGAUUCAGAUGGUCGGAAUCUGGCAGACACUACUGGACAAUCAGAUAAUCAGUCACAGUAAGCAAGACACUAUUCAAGACUAAUCAACUUAAAAAGUUUUUGAAUAAAAAAAUUAAAUUUAGUCACAAAUGAAGAGCAGUUCAAGGACAAACAUGUAUUCUACAAAUGGACUAUCGCCAAUGACAUGUUCGAAGACUACUUCAUCAACAGACUCACCUACAACAACAUGCAGUUCAUGCCGAACAGUGAACUCGUCGAGAUGCCAGAUCCCUACUCGUUACCUCCACCAGGCUGUGAAGCUCCAUCAGACGACGAUCUUCUCCAAGUCUUGUUCUUUCUCAGCACGAUAGGCCUGGAUUCUUUGUUCAAAAUCAUCCUCACCAAACCGUAAGUGCCAUUACAGUAGUCUAAAUUCAAAAAUACAUUAUUAUCUUACAAUAACGAUCAGCAAAAUGUAAAAUGUUGAACGCGAAAAGUUUUAAGAGACAUUUAAGAACACGUAACGUAGUAGUUGGCCUUUCAACAAUGCUAUAUAAUGUUACAGACCUCACGAGAGAUCCAACGAAGAACUGGAGCUGGUCUUUGAAGAACUUUUGCACGUCAAAGCCUUGUCCCACUUAAGCACUAUGGUGAAGAAAGAGCUAGCUAGAGUGAUCGGCUUCGAACAACAUCAACAUGCGGGUACCGUACUCUUUCAUCAAGGAUCAGAAGGUCAGAGCUGGUACAUCAUCCUCAAAGGAAGUGUGGAUGUUAGCAUAGCGGGCAAGGUAAGACCAUAUAUACUUAAUAUAAAUGUGUAAAAACUGGGCGUAGCAACUAAGAUUUGGGUCUUGAGCUUCGAACAAGUCUUAUACCAGCUGAUCUCUAUGUCAACGUAUCUCAACUAGAGAAUGUAGUCUAUUUUGCGUUUCCAUUAGUCUCUAUGUCAACUUAUGUCAAGUAGGUACUCCUGCCCAUUAGCUGCAUCAGAUACUUGGAAACAAAAGCACGGGCCUUACUUUGUUUGAGAAGCAGACCAUCGAUCAGACGGUGAAAAAAGAAGCGGCGCGCGAGAGUCUCCAGAAUAAGUGCUUGAAGACGCUUAUUGUUCAUGAGUCUUAUUCACCAUUCCAUCACCCGUCUUCGGUUGCGCAAUUCUGGGAAUGUAUGAUGGUGUUGUUGUUGGUUAAUGUGUGUUUUCUCUUUGAUUGACCCAUAUUCAUUUUAUAGGGUGUUGUAUGUACUCUGCAAGAAGGCGAUGACUUCGGUAAGCUGGCAUUAGUCAACGACGCUCCUCGCGCAGCCACCAUCACCCUCAGGGAUGACAAUUCCCAGUUCCUGAGGGUCGACAAAGAGAACUUCAACAGGUGAGACCUUAGCCUUUUCGAGAGCUACCUAUAGCGAUGUUAACCACCUGACCCGUUUAAUAUCAAUUCUGAAGACCUUUUUCAGACUUUAGAUGUUUUUGAUAUCUAAUCGUUUUUUGUUUUUAAAUUUGAUUGUAAUAUUACUGUAGCAAAUUCAAACAGCUGUCUCGAACAAAAAACCCGAAAACAAUGUUAUUGUAAUCUUUGCAGAAUCCUCCGUGAUGUCGAGGCCAAUACAGUACGCUUAAAGGAGCACGGCCAAGACGUAUUGGUUUUGGAGAGAAUUAACUUAAAGUUCGACGAGACACAACCCGUAAACAAAAAUCAAUGUUGGUAAGUCGAUAGCGAAGCGUUUGUAUCUAAUUUUGUUGCGUUCGUACUUAAAUGCGUUUUAAAUUUCCUACCAUAAUAUACUAUAACUAAAUUAAAUAUUCAAAAUAAGCUUAAGUUCAUACAUAAUAGUAGGGUGAACCGAAAAGAAUGCAACACUUUGAAUCGUAUAACUUGUCCUCUUAUUUUGAAAAACCAGCGACAUUUUUUUUUGUUGUAGCCAGUUCUGUAGAGUUUUUUUAUGGAGAAUCGCAUGGUAAAAGUAAGUUUUAAAAUUGAGUUUGUCAAACUUUGCCGCAGAGUUUUUAAAAGAUGCUACGAUGUUCGAUUUUUGCUGCUACAUUAUUAGAAGACCAAGUCAGCCCAAAACGCUGCCAAAACGAAAUGCGAAUUUGAAGGAGAAUAUGUUGUGAGUAAAAAAUGUACUUCAGCCAGAUGGUUUGCCAAAUUUGGUGCCGGUGCUGUCAGCCUGGAGAUCCAACCUAUACCUAUUGAGCCGAGGCCGUGGUACAAGAAAGGAACCGAAGAUUUGACAGAAAGUUGGACCAAAGCAAUCAAUUCUAAUGGGCUAUAUUUUGAACCGUAGACAAAAAUAAUUGUUUUAAAUUUUAGCUGAAAAGUACAUUUUAGACGUAGCAUUCUUUUCGGUUCACCCUAAUAAAUAAACAAGUUAACUAUAUAUGUGUAAAACCUUAAAUUGGCAAUAUUUCAGCUACUCGGUAAUGGCUGGGCUACCCGAGAAGAUGAUCGAGUACGUACUGGAAACACGAAUCGAUGCUCUCACAAGUAAUGGAACUCUAGACACAUUCCUCGAAGACUUUAUCCUCACACAUAUUAUCUUUAUGCCGUCCAACAUUCUCUGCAACUACCUCAAGAACUACUAUGCUACGAGAGGUGACAUUGUAAGUAACAAUAUCAUUUUGACAUUGAAAAACUAUAUUAAUAUUAUUUUCUUCUUAAAACUACUUAUUGUCAUUUUAGACAACAGCAAAUGGCACCAGCUCGAUAGGGUCAAACGAGAUAAUCAACGAGAAGUUAACGGCCAAACGACGAGUAAUAACAUUCAUCACAAUAUGGGAGUUUGUGCUCGGAAUACACUUUUUUCUAGACCCCGUAGCCAACAGUUUUGUGGAAGUAAGUUGGCUGACUACCUACACCUUUUGCAAUUCUACCAAAUUAAAAAUUAUCUUCGAAAAGUAGUAUAAUAUAAAAUCAAAACCUUUAGGAAAUGUACUGUAGUGUGAUAGAAGACGCGAAUCUGCUACCAAACAUGGAAUCGAUCGUGCAUCAAAUCAGUAGGAUCAGAAGAGCGCGGGAGAACGUAAUGAUAAUUCUGUCACGUCACCCAACCUGUGUCCUAGAUUGUGGAGUCUACAGUUCAGAUGCCCCUGCUCCAAACCCGAUUCUGCCGAUAGAUGUCUGUAACCAGUGUAUCUACUUCUCCGACGCCACGAUGAUAACAUUGUCAGUUAGGAUGAACAAAUCUGCCUCUGACAUUGUCAAAUUGACUCGUGGCAAAGUACACUUCGACCACGACGACCUGUAUCUGGUUGAAGUCAAGUCCAACGGAGAGAGAGUUGUGUAUUCACCAGCAGAAAUCAGCGUGACAAGCAUGAUAUCACUCAACGGAAGAUUGUACGUGGUUACCAAGGAAGAAAUAAACAGUCUGGUAAGCUUAGAACACAGAUAAUAUUACCUUCCAGGUUGAUAGGAUACCAUAUUUGCAUACUAAACCUUAAACCACUUAUUCAGACAUCCAUGCCCAACCAAGCUGGCCCUACAGAACCCCCAAACCCAACAGUAUUGGAGAUGUACAGCAGCUCGGACUUGGCCCACCAGUUGAUGACCUUCCACGGCCAACUCUUCGAAGCCACAGACGAGAUCGAGUUGAUAUUCCAAGUGAUCGGCCGAAACAAGUUCUCGGGACGAUCACCCACAAAUCUUGACAUCCUACUACGUCGCUUUAACGAAAUUCAGUUUUGGACCACGACUGAAGUGCUUUUAAGUCCAACGACAACAAAAAGAGUCGCCAAUCUCAGGAAACUAAUCAAAACUGCCGUAUAGUAAGUUCCCUGACAAGGAUAAUAUAUUUAAAAACGUCUAUUUUAAUACCUUCAUACUUAUAAAUGUGUACUCUAUACUGUUUUAGUGCCAAAACCAACAAAGAUCUCAUGUCAUUGUUUGCAAUUACUCUCGGCUUGAGCAAUAUCGCUGUAAGUAGACUAGUACAACUUUGGGACAAACUACCCAGUAAACUGAGACGACAGUACGCUGAAUUUGAAGCCCUACUAGACCCCUCCAGGAAUCACAGAGCCUACAGAUUACUCGUAGCCAAGAUGGAACCCCCAGUUAUACCAUUUGUACCAUUACUACUCAAAGAUCUCACUUUCAUGCACGAAGGCAACAAGACCUACUUUGGAGCAUUAGUCAACUUUGAGAAGAUGCACAUGAUCGCGAACGUGCUCAGAAACUUCAAAGGAUGCAAAUCCAGAGGACCUAUCGUAGCAGAAUCUCAAAAGAAAGUCAUCAACAAUCUAAUUAGGUAACAUAGCCUACUAUAACAUGUUACUCUUAAUUUUACAUCAAUCUAAAGAUUGCAAAGUUUUAAAAAGCGACUAUUUUAAAUAACAACAAUAAGUGAAUAAGAGUUCAAUUUCAGGAACAUGAGAGUUAUCGACAAUCAGAAGCGCCUUAUGGAAAUUUCAUAUCAAAUAGAGCCUCCGAAUAGAAGCAAUAGACCUUAAUCCCUUUCACUGAUCAUCCUAUAAGCUUAAAGUACCUUAGGCCAUGAAAAAGUAUUUAUAAAGUGCCAGUCUCGCCAAAUAGUUCCGAAUCCGAAACUAGCUCGCGAUUCAAUGUUGUUAUUACCGGUUUGAUAGAAUUAUAUUUGUUCCAAUAAAUUUUUAAUAAUUCUGGGGUCUAAUUACUACAAAAACAACAAAAUAAUACAGAAAAAUUACUUGUGAAUACAUAAAAAAAGAAAAGUAAGAAAUAGCAAAAACAAUUUACUGAAAAACAGAAUUUUGUCGAGCAAAGAAAGGACACGUUUCACCGUAUAACUUGUCUUUUAUUAAAAUGUUUUGCAAAUUUUAUAAAAUUCCUGACUCAAGGUUUGUACAAUUGUUAUACGUCGCGAAAUGUGCAAAGGAAAUGAGUACUCUUCCUCAUCGAAUUGAUGGAUCUAACCUUAUCUUAUCAGAGUUUUGUUGUUAUAUUGCUCGAAAUGAGCCCGUGAUAAUAUCGAACGCCAUUGAAGGCUGGAAAGCUUUCGAAUGCUGGGUGAAACCGGAUGGAAAUCCAAACUGGAGAUCUUUGAAGAAGGUUUUUGGUGAGGGAAAGUUCGCUUUAUCUUUAAUUUUGUAGGUAAUGUGCAGGUCCCAGUCACACGAGACGGAAAAUGUGACCAAACUAAAGUAAACUUCGACGAGUUUAUUGGUAAUCUAUCUUCUGAUGCAAAUUGUCCUUUUUACUUGAAAGAUUGGCACUUUGUAAGUUGUCUUUUGUUUUUAUUACGCUUUUAGUGUCAAUGCUCGCAUGAAAAAUGGUAUCAUAUUCCCGACUUUCUGAAGUUGGACUGGGUCAAUAACGUCAAAAAAGUUGAAGAUGAAGACGUUUUCAGAGGAGACUACAGAUUUUGCUACAUUGGAGGCAGUGGCACGUGGUUAGUUAUCAAUAUUACAAAAUCCAUCCAGUUAUUAGGUUUUCUACCUUAAGUACACAUAGUAUAUUAAUAUUGUUACGAAAUCAGGUAUCUUAUAAUAAUUGGUUGUUUUAGGACCGGCCUUCAUUCAGACGUCAUGAACUCCUACAGUUGGUCAGCCAAUAUAUGCGGGCGUAAAAGAUGGAUUAUGUUGCCGAAAGCUGUGACUAAAAUAGGUAAUAAUUUGUUAGAAGAGAUCGAAGAUAUUAGGAAGGAAGAUUGGAAGUCUGUCGGAGGAAUAGAAUUUGAACAAAUUAGAGGAGAAAUAGUGUUUGUCCCUUUUGGAUGGUAUCAUCAAGUUCACAACGAGGGAGUGACUAUUUCUAUCAACCACAACUGGUGCAAUCAUUUCAAUGUUAAGUUUGUGAUAGAAUUGAUGUUCCAGAGACUAAAGGAUGUGAUAAAAGAAGUUAAGUUGAUGGGGAAAGACGCAGACGAACCUUUCGAGAUGGCAGAGGUACUAAUUUAAACGUUCUUUUUGAUAUACAAUUAAUAACGACACGCAUUUUAAUAUCAUAUUCUAAAAGAAGCAUGAUAAUUACACGUUAUGUAGAUAGUGUUAGUUGUAAAACGUUUUUACAUGUUUUCAGAAACUGCUGCGUGACGACUACGGGUUGAAUUUGCGAAAUGCUCACAAACUCCUGGAUAUUAUGUUAGGUUCCUCUGCCGAAGAACUCCACCUAGAUAAUGAUCUCGAGAUCCUAACGGAACAUAAGUUAAUAUGCAGAUCUUUGUUAUACCAGGUUGUUGAUCAGGAAACUGAGUUGGGAAACCUUUUGAAAUGA